CAGGGCGGUGGAGGGGGGAGGGAGGAGGGCGGGCCGCCGGGCCGCUGUUUGUUGUCAUCCCAAGAUGGAGUUCCUGCUGGGGAACCCCUUCAGCACCCCGGUGGGGCAGAGCCUGGAAAAGGCCACAGAUGGCUCUCUGCAGAGUGAAGACUGGACACUUAACAUGGAGAUCUGUGACAUUAUCAACGAGACAGAAGAAGGCCCAAAGGAUGCCAUUCGAGCGCUGAAGAAGAGGCUGAAUGGAAACAAAAAUUACAGAGAGGUCAUGCUGGCUCUGACGGUGUUGGAGACCUGUGUGAAGAACUGUGGCCAUCGCUUUCAUGUCUUAGUGGCAAACCGUGACUUCAUAGAUGGCGUUCUGGUGAAAAUCAUCUCUCCCAAGAAUAAUCCCCCCACUAUUGUACAGGAUAAAGUACUAGCGCUGAUUCAGGCUUGGGCUGAUGCCUUUCGAAGUAGCCCUGAUUUAACUGGAGUAGUGCAUAUUUAUGAAGAACUCAAGAGGAAAGGCAUAGAGUUUCCCAUGGCAGAUCUUGAUGCUUUAUCUCCAAUCCACACACCACAGAGGAGUGUUCCCGAAGUUGAUCCUGCAGCAAAUAUGCACAAUUCACAGUCUCAGCAAAGGAUGAGCACCAGUUCUUACUCUUCAACUUCUCCAACGGCGUAUUCUGCUCCUCAGGCUCCAGCUCUGAACGUGACUGGUCCCAUCACUGCUAACUCUGAACAGAUUGCCCGGCUGCGCAGUGAACUGGAUAUUGUUCGUGGGAAUACAAAAGUGAUGUCUGAAAUGCUGACAGAAAUGGUACCUGGACAAGAGGAUUCCUCAGACCUUGAGUUACUCCAGGAACUGAACCGAACCUGUAGAGCUAUGCAGCAGAGAAUUGUGGAGCUUAUCUCACGAGUGUCCAACGAAGAAGUCACAGAGGAGCUGCUGCAUGUGAACGAUGAUUUAAAUAACGUCUUCCUCAGAUACGAAAGAUUUGAACGUUACCGAUCAGGACGUUCGACGCAGAAUGCCAGCAAUGGAGUACUGAACGAGGUGACAGAGGAUAACUUAAUAGAUUUGGGUCCUGGCUCUCCAGCUGUAGUAAGCCCAAUGGUCGGAAACUCAACACCCCAGUCUUCACUUUCUUCACAGCUUGCAGGGCUUGACUUGGGUGCAAACAGCGUCAGUGGCACACUCGGCUCCCUACAACACAGUAACCCUCGUGAUGACUUCGACAUGUUUGCACAGACAAGAGGCAGUUCCUUGGCUGAGCAGCGAAAGAACGUGACAUAUGAGGAUCCACAGGCUGUCAAAGGACUGGCGUCCGCCCUGGAUGUUCGAAAACAGAACACAGGAGUGAGGAGAGGUAAAGGUGGGAACUCAGACAUGGAGCCCAUAGACAAGUGGCUAAUUACACAAGGAAUGAUCCCUGUUGCACAGUCCUCUGUCAUGGAUGACAUUGAGGAGUGGCUCAGUACCGACUUGAAGGGAGAUGAGCUGGAGGAAGGAGUGACCAGCGAAGAAUUUGACAAAUUCUUAGAAGAGCGAGCCAAAGCGGCCGAGAUGGUUCCCAAUCUGCCGUCCCCUCCCCCGGAAGCCCCCACCCCGCCGACGAACCCUUCGAGCAGGAAAAAGCAGGAGCGCUCGGAGGACGCCCUCUUUGCACUGUGAGGAUUUGCUCUGCCACCCCUGGGCUCUGCAGGAGAAAGUCGCCGUCCGGCCGCCUCGUCCUCUCGCAGCACUCGGCUAACAACGCCCCCUUCGCCCCCGGUUUCACAGAUCGCUUCUCCUUCUCCUCCCUCCCUGUCUCAGACAACCCAUCCCCACAAGCUGACUAUUUCUAUUUAAGUCCGACGCUCUUCCUGCCAGACCACGAUUCUCCAGCACUUGCUUAAUCCCCCUCCUUCCUAUCCCGGCUGCAUAAAACCAGCUCUUGAUGCUGAAAACCUCUUUCGAAUGCAUGAGUACGUCACACUGUGUUGAAACAAAAGCCCAGAGGGGAGAGAGCAGCCUUGCCCUUCAAUUUCUGUAGGGAUCAUCCUCUUCUGUAGGCAGGUCCUGCCAAGUAGACUGCUCUGUCGAUCAGCAUGUAAUUGACUGAGCUGGAAUGUUCAGGGGGAGUGUGUCUUUAUUUUUAGAUAAAAUGUUAAUGUAUUGGC